CUUGAUCAUGAAGUUUUGUACGGUGCUUAUCGCUUUAGCCUUCUUUGUGGCUUCCUGCUGGGCGGCCUGUAACUGUGAUGCAUCCGACUACAAGUGUGUCAGUCAAUGUGUUGUGGAAGCCAAUGCUUGUGUUUCUGACUGCAAAGGCGAUACCGUGUGCUACGAGAAUUGCAUCGAUAACAAGUGGCCUACACCCGCCAAGGUGCAAAAAGAAAUGCUUGGACCCACCAGUGCUGCUAGCUCGGCUACUUCUAUGGCAACGAAUUCUAAUGCUGCCUCGUCGUCGUUCAGUUCGGCCAGUGCUUCUAGCUCGUCUUCCGUCAAACCUAGCAAUGCUCACGGAAAUGCUGGCUCUUCGUUAAGCAGCACUUCCGGUAUGACCUUCUUUAUCGCUUUGGUGACGGGUUCUUGGUUAUGGUUGAGCAACUAA